GCCAGCCAGAAACAACAUGGAUGACGACGACACCUACCUUUACGGAGACUCGCAUGUGGAUGAGCCGGCGAAGCCAGCAUUGCAAACAUCUGUGCCGCAACCAAUUUCCGUCGAGCAAACGCGCUCUGCGACCGAAGGGCUAGUUGCAAAGCUCGAAGAACAAGCGGCGGAAGAAGUCAAUGGCGACGGUGAGGCCGAACCAGCGGAGAACGGAGGAGAGGAGGACGCAGACGAGGAUGACAGCGAAGACGACAUCGAGAUCAUUAUGGAGGAACCGCAGGCGCGGUCACUGGACUUCCGACAUCAGAGACAAGCCGGUACUCGCUCCACUAGUGCGACAUUCACAACACCACAGAGACCACCUCCGCAACCACAACCGUCGCUCACAACUGAGUACACCCCCCGAGAACGCGCUGGUGUCACCAAACUCCCCUCCACCCCUCAACCCUCUCAAACUACACAAACACCGCUCCCGGCAGUGGCUGCGACCCCGGGUACCACCGAAAAGAUUGCAGAAGGCGAAAAGGAAGAAGCGAAAGAUACCGGCCCUGACCCUAACACCCUUCCUCCCGUAACCGCCCCCCCAUCGCACCCGUCGAUAAACCCCUCCGCACCAGGAACCUUCGAUGGGCGCUCGAUACUGGAAGUCGAUUUGAAUGCGCUCGCGGAGAAGCCCUGGCGGCGACCAGGCUCAGACAUCAGCGACUGGUUCAAUUACGGCUUCGACGAACUCUCGUGGGAGGCGUAUUGCUACCGUCGGCGGGAGCUCGGUGACAUCGCUGGCAUGCUGAAGUCGAAUGUUAUGAAUUUCGCGGGCAUGUCCGAAGACCAACUCAUCGGUCUCCCGCCCGAAGUCCGCACAAUGGUCAUGGCAGGCGCGACCGCCGUCAUGGCCGGGGCGGGCGGCGGCGGCCCUGGGGGCGGAGGCAUGAUGCCCGGGGCGGGCAUGAACAUGAACGGCGGCCCGAUGAUGAACCAAAUGAUGAACAUGGGCCCCAUGAUGAAUCAGAUGAUGGAAAUGGGGAUGGGUGACAUGGGUAUGGUCCCCGACGGCGGCGGAGGCCCGCAAGCGGGGGCACAAGGCAACCCGGAGGGCCAGGUCGGGAUGGGCAUGGGCGUCGGGGAGGGCUUUGGCCCCGGCGGAGGCCCAUCCGGGCAGGGUAUGAUGGGCAUGGGGAUGAACCCCGAAUUCGGGAUGCAGGACCCGACUGCUAUGGGACAGCAGAUGUAUCCUGGUAUGGAUGGGAGCGGUACGCCGACGCCUGUUGCGCCGACGCCUACGCGCGGGAUUGCGCAGGGGCAGUUCAGAGGAAGGGGUAUGCCCCAGGGCAUGCGCGGGCGUGGAGCUGUGUUCGCGGGUCGCGGGCGAGGCAUACCUGUCCGACCUGCGUCACCGCUGCCACCUAAUGUGCCCACUGGGCCACGGAACAAGACUAAGUACAAGGAUAUUGAUGGCAGCGCUCCCGCUGUAGACGGGCUUGAUUAUGGUGGCGGUGGAGGAGGUGCUGCUGCUGGUGCUGCCGGCGGCGGCGGCGGCGACCGGGAGCGUAGCGAGCGCAGUGAACGCAGCGAACGUAGCGACAGGAAGGAUCGCGGCACGCCUGACGUGGAUGAACGAGACAGGAGCAGCAGGAAACGGAGAGGCUCGCCUGGUGAGCGUGAGGAGAGUAGCAGGAGCUCAAAGCGGAGAUAGCUUGUGAUGCUUUCUUGUUGUUUGUCGACUGUUGCUGUCACUUCUAUAGCCUCCUUCCUAUUCACUCCUCGGACUAUAUUGCG